UUUUUGUUUCAUAAAAUAACAUGUUGAAAAAAUGAUAAAAAUACCAACGGACGUUCAAUCUGUUAUACACGCUGCUUAUCAUAUAAAUAGUUUUAGAAGAGCUGUUGAAGAAUUGGUGUAUAAUUCUCUGGAUGCAAAUUCCACUUCAAUUGCAGUUAGAGUAGAUAUACAGGAAAGUUUAAUACAAGUUAUUGACAAUGGAUGUGGAAUCAAAGGGAAUGACUUCAAUUUACUUGGACAAAAGUAUUCAUCUAGUAAAUUUGUUGAUAUAUUUGGUUUGAAAAGUAUUCCACACUUGUAUGGAUAUUGUGGUGUAUCACUUGCAACAAUUAUUGAUGUUAGCCAUGACGUUAAAAUAAUUUCAAGAUAUCUAAACUCACAGGAAACAUGGAUGAAAAUAUUCUGCCAGGGAGAAUGCAAAAAGAUAACUAAAACAACUUUAAGACCAGCUAGAGGCACUACAGUUGAAAUCAAAGGUUUUCUAUAUAAUUUGAAUAUACAAAGAAAAGCCAUUGAAACUUGUAAUGAAAUGCUUGCUAUUAAAACUUUAUUAGAACAGCUAUCAUUGGUUCAUGUGAAUGUGUCAUUUAGUCUAAGAGACGAUGGAAGAAAUGAAAUUAUGUUCCAAAUACAUAAAAACAGAGAUCUUUGUUCAACCAUUUCAUCUUUAUUUAACAUUUCACCAAUAGAGUUACAAGAGUUGAAAAUAGAAAAGAAAGACUACAAAGUAAAAGCUUUGAUAGGAAAGGGAAAUAUGGACUUCAAAAAGUACCAGUGGAUUUUUUUAAAUAGAAAAUUUAUAUUCAGAAGCAAAAUUCAUCAAAUAAUGAAUAAACACUUAAAGAAAUCUUUGUAUAUUCAACAUAUCAAACCUAUUAAGAAGCUUCGUGUUAUUGAUAAUGAAACAUACAAUGAAGAUUUACCUCUGUAUUUCCUUUUUAUAUCAUGUCCAUACUUUGACUAUGACAUAAACUAUAACUUGAGAAAAACAAGUGUUGAAUUUAAGAACUGGGACAAAAUAAUAAAUAUACUGCAAAAAUUGGCUCAAUGUUACUGUGGAGAAAUAAAACUCAAAGAAGUAACUAAACAAAAUUUGAAUAAUAAUCAUAGGGAUCAAAACAUAACAAAAAAUGAUGUAUCUAAAACUAGAGAAGAAGUUAAAAAAAUUAUCAACAGAAUACUAAUGAAUCAAAAGAAAAAAAAUGUGUUAGAUAUGCAAAAUGGAAUUAAAGGAAUAAACAUUAAGAGACAAAGAAAACAGAAUAGAAGAAAAAUUUUAAAAAGUAAGCAUCAAUUCAAUACCAAAGGUAAACUAUUGUUUCUGAAUAAAGAAAAUAUUGAAAAACUAACAAUUCCCAAUGAAAAGAAAAAUAGGCUAACAAAAUGUCAAUCAAACAGAAAUUAUUUUAUGAAACCAUGUCAAAAUACAGUGGAAAAAAUAUGGAAUGAUGAAUCAAACAUUAGUGAAAUUAUAUUGAAUAAUGAUAGUGUGACUUCAGGUUCCAAACACGAUUUCUGUAAAUCAAAUAAACCAGGAAAAAAGAAAAAGAUGUUAAAAAAUAAUAUCUUUAUUAAAAGUGAAGGACCUGCUUCAACUAAAAUACAAUUGGUUCAAAAUGAUGAAAAGAACAAUCAUAAUCAUCAAGACUCAAACUAUGCAAAUAAUAAUAAAAAUAUUAAAGCUGAUAAUGUGAAAUAUAUUCUUGGUAAUGACACAAUAAAUAAGGCUUUACAUCCUCCUGGCAGCUUGAGAGAAAAACAUGAAUUGUUUACAAAGUCUAGUAGAAAGGUGCAUAUAAAUAAAAAAGCAAGGGUUCAAAAAGAAUUUAAUUUUAAUGAAAAUGAAUGUAAAUCAAACAUUAAAAAUAAACCCAAUGACCACAAAAUAGGUUUAUAUGAUAAUGAAGUAAAAAAAAAUAUGGAGAACUUAGAUACAUGUGGUUUUAAUAAAGAUAAAACAUAUCAAAAUUUAGUUCUGUCUUCACAUGACCUUGUACAAACAAUUUUGGAAGACAAAACCAACAACAUAAGAAAAAUUGAUCUCCAAUGUCAUGAUGUUAGUACAAACACACAACCACAUACAUUCACUUUUUAUCCAGAUUUUUUAGAACAAGUUUUUGAGAGUAUUAAUAGCAAUGUCAUUUCCGCCAAAUUAACAUAUGAAAGUCACAAACAUUAUAAUUUGAAUACGGAGAUAUAUGGAAAGAAAUAUAACAGUAAUCAACCUUACAAUAACAAGGUUUCUAAGGAUCUGUUUACUUUAAAAAGUCGAAUACCGUUUAAUUUAAGAAAUGUUGCUUUUAAAACGAAAAAAUUCAACAAAUUAAAAAAAGCAUCAUUUUUAAACACUUUAAAAACGAACCUUAAUGAUUCUAUUUAUACUAUACAAAUGUCAAAUAGUGUAAGUAAUUUUAAUUGCAAAUUGAAUAACAAGUGUAAUACAACAAAUUUGUAUGCUGAUCAUAAUAAUAGAUCGAUUGAAGGAUCUUAUAAGGACGAAAUUAAAUCAAUGUAUGAUAAAACAUAUACUAUUGAAAACUAUGUUUCACAAGACCAACACGAUGUGAAUAAAAAUAUAAGCCUCAAAUAUGAUAUAACAUAUUCCAUACAAUUAUCGAAAAAUGUAAUUUAUACACCAAAUGAAAAUUGUGAUCCAAACAAUUAUUUUAUAAAAAGAUCUGAAAUGUUUAAUAAUAAUGAGAUGGAUGCUUCGUCAAGUAACAAAAAAGCCAAUCAAACAUUUAAUAACGAAACUAACGAAGAAAUAAAAUCAAUCCAGAAUUCAAAGAGAAGUUUAGAAAAUGUGGAUCCUUUAAACUUUUGUGAAACAAUUAUCGAUUCUAUCGCUGAAAUUCACGGACCUAAAUUAGAUAAUGGCGCCAUAAGUAAUGAUAGUCUCUUUAAUGUAUGUACAAAUUUUCAAGAUAGUAAAAAAGAAGAAAAUGAAAUUACUAAUGUAACUUCCCAUCACUUUAAUUCUCUGCACACAGAAGAAAUAAAUAAAAUAUUUCUAGAUACAUUUGAUUUAGAUUUUUCAAAAAAUGAAAAUCAUGAAAUUAUUUCUGAAGUCCCAAAGUCCUCAAAAAAUUUAGAAGAUUUUAAUAUUCAGGGUCGACAUACAUUUAUGCCUAAAGGUAUGUCGCCUAUUAUAAAUAAUUUUAACGAAAAACUGUUCAACAUAUGCAGUACAAUAGAGGAUGACUAUUAUGAAGAUGUAAUCUAUAAAAAAUUCGCAGAGUCGGUAGUUGAAACGGCGCGAGUGUUUGAACCAAAAAUUCAAAAUGUCAACGAAAUUAAAACUUCAUCGGAUAUGAAUAAAGUUAAUAAUAAUGUUAUAAAAGAUAAUGCGGAUUUGAUAUUUGAUGCUAAAUCUUUAAAACAUGCUAAGGUAUUGGGCCAAGUUGACUGUAAAUUUAUUGCUACAAUCACACACGGAAAGAUAACAUCGAGUAACACAUAUUCAGAUUUCCUUGUGCUUUUUGACCAGCAUGCGGUUCAUGAGAGAAUUCGUCUUGAGAAAAAUUUAUUAGAUUAUUUUGAUGGUAUUACUUGGAAGAGUGUAACAAUAGAAGGCAUCAGUUUGAAAUUGACUAAAGAUGAUGCCGUCUUUCUCCAUAACUAUAAAGAUAAGUUAUCUGCAUUCGGUCUACAUUGGACUGUUACUGAUAGUAUAAUAACUUUGUAUGGAAUUCCACAAGCUAUUUUCGGAAAAAUUGGCAGACAGGUUGAUGUUGUAUUGAAGGCUACUAAAAAUUUACUCGCUGAACUAAUGGAUGCGCUUAAAUAUCUAAAAGGCAAUUUACCCCUAUACCCUCAAACUAUAAUGAAUCUCGUUUUCAGUGAGGCUUGUAGAUAUGCGAUCAUGUUCGGAGAUAAGCUAUCCAAACGUAGUUGCGUUGAAUUAUUAGAAUCUCUAGCAGAAUGCAAAACUCCGUUUCAGUGCGCUCAUGGCAGACCAGUGAUGGCCGUAAUAAUGGAAAUGAAAGGAAAUGUGCCAAAAUAUAAUAUAAGUAUGAAGAAGGUAAAAUUAUAUAAAAGCAACAAAAAAGGAGAAGAGCAGCAAAUUCAAAAAAUUACAAAGUCCAAUAAUGUGGAUACUUUUAUAACUGCGAUAUCAUGUAAUCGCAGCGAGGAAUUGUAGUCAUCGUGUAUAUAAAUAUCCUCUACACUAUAUUGAAGACCACCAAUAUCCAAAUUUGCAGUACCAACAACAACUUUUACAAGACGUGGAUGGGUC